AACCUGAAGGCGGCGAUGGAGAAUGAGGAAGAGGAAUCGACCCAACCCCAGGCAUUGCGAUCGCGGCCGGGAGCAGCAGCUUUCGGCGAUCUUGCUCAAUCCCCCUUUCUCCUCACUCUGAAGGCGGGUCCGAAAGUGACCGGGACGUUUCCCGGCAGCAGCAGCAGGAGCGUUUGGGCAGCAGCGGGGAUUUCCCGAUCUGCAGCGCUUGCCUGGGAGGCAGGAGGGGACGCCGGGCUCCUCGGACGCGGCUGCACCAUGACGGCGCCUCUGCUCCUCGUCGCCCUCCUCGCCCUCUUGCCAGCUGCAGCUACACAAGAAGCGGCCCUCGAUGCAACUCCAUCGUGCCCGGAGUCUGUGUUUAUCCGAGGUGGCACCGUGUCACUCUCAGACGGGUUUCGCCCAGGAAGCAUCCUCACCUAUUCCUGCCCAGAUGGCAGCUAUCCGUAUCCAACCCGAAGCCGGAUCUGCCAGUCAGACGGGAAGUGGACUCCGAUGCGUUCCUCAGGCAAAAGCCCCCUCAGCCAAGCACUGUGUCGAAAGAUAAGCUGUCCUCCGCAGAGGUACUUUGAAAAUGGCUCCUUUGGCCCACGGCGAAGCUUGCAUCCUGUGGGUGCCGUCCUCAGCUUUGAGUGUUCGGAUGGAUACCAGCUCCAGGGUUCCUCCAGGCGGCACUGCCUGUCCAAUGGACGCUGGAACGGAACUUCUCCAGUUUGUGACGAUGGAGCGGGGCACUGCCCAAGCGUUGCCAUCCCGCCGGGGGCAAUUGCUACUGGGGGGCGCAACCGUCUUGGCGACCAGGUCUCCUACCAGUGUCAGAGUGGCCUGGACUUGGUGGGGUCUUCCCAGCGGGUCUGCACUCCAGAGGGUGAAUGGUCAGGAGCUGAGCCAAGUUGCAGAGCCCCCUAUUCUUACGAUAGGGCUGAAGACGUCAGAGCUGAAUUUGGAGCCUCGUUUACUGAAGUUUUGAGCGACGUGUCAUCUUCUGGUCCUGACCCUUCUGAGACCACUGCAGCUCCUUCAUUAGGACGACGGCUUAUACUCUCCAAAGACAGCUUCCUAUAUGUCUACUUUCUUGUGGAUGCGUCUCACAGCGUAACUGAACCCAACUUCAACAUCUCUAAGCAGUGUCUGGAGGUCAUAAUCACCAGGAUUGCCAGCUUUGAUGUUCCCAUCAGGUUCUCCGUAAUCUCUUACGCCAGCCGGCCCAAGACCAUCGUCGACAUCCAGGAUGAUAUAGCUGAAGAUACAGAAAUCGUUAUUGAGAAGAUUCAAAAUGAGAUGAACUACAAAGACCACGGCAACGCAACAGGAACCAACAUUCAAGAUGCCCUCGACUCUGUGUACCAGAUGAUGAUUAAUGAGAAGGAGUUUACCAAAGUGCCGUGGGACAAAAUCCGUCACGCCAUCAUCCUGUUCACAGACGGGAAGUCCAAUAUGGGAGGUUCCCCCACAAAGGCCGUGCGCAGCAUAGAAGACUUUUUGAACGUGAGAGCAAACAGGAAAGACUACCUGGAUAUCUAUGCAUUUGGAGUUGGAACUGUGGACGUAGAUUGGAGUGCCAUGAAUGAGAUAGCAUCCAAAAAACCGGGCGAGAGGCACGCCUUCAAGUUGAAUGACCUUAAGGAACUGAAGGCAGCCUUUGAAGAUGUCCUGGAUCCCAGAGAUCUUCAUGAUAUAUGUGGCUUGGCGAACAACUCUGACAGCGCUAGCUGGGAGCAGAAGAACCCAUGGCACGUGCUCCUUCAAUACAACACACUGACAGAACCUUCUUGUCGGGGCGCCUUGAUUUCAAAGACGUGGGUCUUAACGUCCGCUCACUGCUUCAGCAAAUUCAACAACACAGCAGGAUGGACCGUCAUUCUGGAAAAAGCUAGAGGAGGGACCAAAUUGCGGAUAAAGAGGCGGAUCGACCAUGAAUUGUUCAACGUGAAAGCCAAGGUGGCUCAGGGGAUCCAGGAAUUCUACGACUAUGAUCUCUCCUUACUCGAACUGGAGAAACCCGUGCAGUUUGGCGGGAGGAUCAGGCCAAUCUGUCUUCCUUGCACGGAAGGUGCCAACAGAGCCCUGAAGAUGAAGCCAGGUGCCACAUGCAAGGACCACGAGCUGCAGUUGCUGAGUUUGGAGGAAGUGGAUGCCCAGUUCAUAUCCUUGGACAACAAGAGGAUGGGAGUUCAGAUCAAGACAAGGAGAAGUCGCCCAACGUGCAUUUCCGCAGCUCUUCAAGACAAGAAAAUGUUUUCCGAAGGAACUGAUGCCUCUGAAGUGGUGACGGACAGAUUCCUGUGUAGUGGAGGAGGGAGAGCUGUCGAGGCUGCCACUUGCAAAGGUGAAUCCGGAGGAUCAUUAUUCAUGGAACGGAGGGAGCGACUCUUCCAAGUGGGCGUGAUCAGCUGGGGCACGUAUAACCCUUGUGAAAAGAAGAGGAAGAAGAAAAAUGGGGAGACACGGGAAACAGUUCGGGAUCCCCCUCCAGCGAACCAUAAACCACGAGAUUUCUACAUUAGUCUCUUUGGUGUGCAGGACUGGCUGAGGCAACACCUGGGCCAGUCCUUGAGGUUUAUCCCGAAGGAAUAUGCAGCUGACAAUGCCUGUGACCCCCAAACCGCUGAGAUUGCUGGGGGACAGUAUACAGUACUGGAAAACGGCACUGUGCUGAAAUAUGAGUGCCCAGAUGGGAAAUACCCAUACCCUACAGACUACCGGUUUUGCCAGUACGAUGGGACAUGGAGCCCCAUGCAGAAUGCACUGAAAAGCCGUGUCUCCAAGGCCAGUUGCCGAAACAUCACCUGCUCCAGGCCUCUGGAUUUCGAAAAUGGCCUAUAUGAGCCCCGCCAGAGGUCCUACAAUGUAGGCCAGGAACUGAGGUUUGAGUGCUACCAGGGUUACACGCUGCGAGGGUCACGUAAUCGCACCUGCCUCCCCAAUGGGAAAUGGAGUGGAGAGACAACCAUAUGCGAUGAUGGAGCGGGCCACUGCCCCAACCCUGGCAUCCCAAUUGGUGCCCAAAAAGAUGGCACCCAAUAUCGAAUUGAAGAUCGAAUCCGCUACAGUUGUGACAGAGGACUCUCUUUUGUGGGAUCCAAAGAGCGGAUUUGCCAAGAAUCAGGAGCCUGGAGUGGAUCGGAACCGGAAUGUAGAAACCCUUUCACCUUUGACACUCCAGAAGAGGUCUCCUCCAAGUUCAUCUCAUCUCUCACUGAAGUGGUCGAGUCUGCAGAUUCCAACAGAAAUAUUUCUGCUACAGGGAAGCGUAAAAUCAAGAUUGAGGUUGAUGGCUCAAUGAAUAUCUACAUUGUCCUUGACGCCUCCCGGAGUAUUGGUCAGCCAACAUUUCGCAAAGCUCGGGAUGCAAUCAUCAAGUUCAUCGAGAAGAUAUCCAGCUAUGACACUUUCCCUCGGUACGGCAUCGUCACCUUUGCUACCCACAGCAAAGAGGUUUUGAGUACAACCAACCCAAAGAGCAAUGAUGCCUCCUGGGUGAUUGAGCAGCUGGAGACCCUGAAAUAUAAUGAACACAAGCUAAAGCCUGGAACCAACAUUUACAAAGGUCUGGAUGCUGUCUAUAAGAUGAUGAUCAACCAGCAAGAGGACCAACUGAGGGAGGGGUUGGAUCCUGCUCCUAUUGCCACCACCACCCGCCAUGUUAUCCUCCUCUUGACUGACGGAGACUACAACAUGGGAGGGACCCCUGUUCCUGUCAUUGGGAGAAUCAAGGAGUUCCUCAAUAUUCCUGGCCAGCCCACUCGUAAUGACUUCUUGGACGUUUACAUCUUUGGUAUCGGGUCCAUGGUCGCCAUAGAGAAUGUGAACGCCUUGGCAUCUCAGAAGCCCGGCGAAAGGCACGUCUUCAAGCUCAAAGACUACAAUGAAGUACGGGAUGCCUUUGAAGAAAUGAUUGAUGAGAGUCAGGUUCUGUCCAUGUGUGGUUUGGCCAAGGAGCACACGAAAGCGAGGGACCAAGAGAAGAAUCCCUGGCACGUCACAAUCAGCAUCCGGCGCGCUGGAAGGGGAUUUGAACACUGCAAAGGAGCCAUUGUCUCCGAGUAUUACGUCUUGACAGCGGCCCACUGCUUCACCAUAGUUGACAGAGCUGAGGAGAUCCAAGUCACGUUAGGUGAGAAUCAGCGCUUUGAAGUGGCUGCAGUCCGAUCGCACCCAUUGUACCAGAUUGGGAAGCUAAAAGAUCGUGGAAUCCCUGAAUUCUAUGAUUAUGAUGUCGCCCUAGUGAAACUCGCCAAAAAAGUCACACCCUCCGUUUCUGCAAGGCCAAUCUGCCUCCCCUGUACGGCUGGGACCACCCGGGCUCUGAGGAAGCCCCACCCACAGACCACCUGCAGGAAUCAUGAGGAAUUGCUCCUGACCAUUGGGAACGUCCCGUCGUUUUUUGUGACCGACUGUAAACACGAGGACGAACAGGCCAAGGGGCUGUCUCGCAAGACAGUGAAAAUCAGGAAUAGUGAAAAGAAAAUUGGUUGUGAAGCGGACGCCAAGAAAGCCUCCCAGUAUGUGAAUGUCACGGACGUCUCCCAGGUGGUGACUGAACGCUUCUUAUGCACAGGGGGUGCUGACCCUGAAGUGGACCCCAACACUUGCAAAGGCGAUUCUGGUGGUCCCCUCAUCAUUCCUAAAAGGCAACGUUAUAUCCAGGUGGGCGUGAUCAGCUGGGGCGUGGUUGACGUUUGUAGAAACAGGAAACUGCCUGUCUGUGAAACUGGCCGUAAUCGCCAUGAGGGGUCCCCUGCCUACGCCAGGGAUUUUCACAUCAACCUCUUCAAGGUCUUGCCUUGGCUCAAGGAAGAGCUCCGGGACGAGGGACUGGAUUUCCUGUAGACUCUUCUCCACGAUUCCCCCACCCUCCACCUCGCACCUGGGGUGGUUUGUGUAAAUAGAACGGGUAUCUUGAAAUCCUGUAAAGUGAAUGCAGUUUUAACAAUUGUGUAUUAAAUUCCAUUGUAUGAAGAAAAUGGAUAAAUAGC